AUAGGAAGAUUCAAAAUUUGAAAUAGAUCGGUAAAAUUUUAAAAAUUAGAGCAAAAAAAUAAAUUAGUAAGUAAAUAAAAUUCAAUAAGACAUACUAAUUCUAUGGCAAUCAUCUAUUUUCAUUUCGAUUUCAUGUAUAUAAACAACCAUAAGAAGAAGAAAAAGAGAGAAUUAUUUCAGAGACAUCUUCCAGAGAUAGAAGAGAGAGAUAUUUCUUACCAGUGAUAUUAUUUUCAGUCCAUGAUGUAAGAGAAAUUAUAUUCAAUCAGAGAUGAAAGAGAUAUAUUUCUUGCGAGUGAAAUCGAAUUCUGAAAUUUCAGAGACAUUAACCUCCUUGAACAUAAUCGGAAUCUCGAAUUUCCAACAACCAGACAAAUUUAGAAAGAGAUUUAAAAGCUUUCCAUGUUAGCAAACAAAAUGAACAAAAUAAUAUGUAUAAAACAGACACUAAAAUCCGAUAUUAGAAACAUUGAAGAAAACACCUCUGGUUUUCGAUCGGAAUCGCAGAUCUCCUCAGAAAUCAAUCUCUGAUCGGUUAAUUUUUUCAGUGGAAAGACUAUAAAGUACGUUAUCAAUGGGGAGGCGAAAAAUCGAGAUGAAGAUGGUGAAGGAUAGAGGCUCCAGACAAGUUACCUUCUCCAAGCGCCGAAACGGUCUCUUCAAGAAAGCGAACGAUCUCGCUACUCUGUGCGGUUUAGAGAUCGCCAUUAUCGUCUUCUCUCCUGGCGGCAAGGCGUUCUCAUUCGGCAAUCCAAACGUCGAGGACGUCGUCGAUCGAUACCUAAACCGCAAAUCGGAGCCGAUUCCGCCAGCGAGCGAAGGAAUGUUCGAGAAGGAGAAUGAGGAACUUAUCGAUCUGGUUAAACAAUUACAAUUGGAGAAGAAGAAGGGAGAGAUGCUGGAGAAGGAAAUGAAAUCGAGAGGAGAAUCGAUCAAAAUCGAGGAUCUGGAUUUGGACGAGCUUUUGAAAUUGAAGGAAUCGUUGGAAAGUCUGCGACAGAAUGUGAGAAUGAAAGAGAGCGAGUUGGAGGCGUCGUCUUCGUUGCUGCUGCUUGCUAAUGAACCAGUCGUGGAGGCGGAUGCGUCCGCUUCCAAAACCUCAAUUUGAGAAUUUUCCGUGCAUUU